UUUCUCUUGGCGAUCGUGGAUGGAUACGCAUGCAGACCACCCUGUGUUUAAGCUCCUUCACCAGCACCAAACAUUCCACCGCCUGCUGUAUUUCCACUACCAUUUAUGAAAUGACGUUUGCUUAUCAACGACGACACAGCAGUCAUCGUUGAAAACACUCGACGUCAUCCCGGCUUGCUGCGGAAGAAAUUAAAUCAAGUAGACCUUGCUGCUUAGCUACAAGCACCCGUCGAAACAACACACGCAUUGCAUAAUCGCGUCAACGCGCAUCCAACAACUUCAAGCGGAACGUUAGCGAACGAAUACGAUGCUGCGAACGAUUGCGGUGCGCACUGGAUUAACGCGAUCGGCGCACCUGGUUCCAAGUCUUUGCCGUCGCACCAUGGCUUCCACACCAGCAGAUGGAGAUAGCAACAGUUUGAUACUGACGGAGGAGGUUGGUAGCAAGGGUGUGAUAACGCUGAACCGCCCAAAAGCACUGAACGCCAUCAAUCUGGAGAUGGUGCGGCUCAUCUACGAUGCCAUGAAGAGUUGGGAAAAUAGCAAGAGUCUCGUAAUCAUCAAAUCCGUCGGUGAGAAAGCAUUCUGUGCCGGUGGUGAUGUACGUGCAAUCACGGAAACGAGCAAUGUGGAGUUGGCAAGGAAGUUUUUCAACACCGAGUAUGGGCUGAAUGCACUGAUUGGCAAUUAUCGUCCCACCUACAUUGCGUUUAUCGAUGGCAUUACGAUGGGCGGUGGGGUAGGUUUGUCUGUGCACGGCAAGUAUCGGAUUGCGACCGAGCGUACCAUGUUUGCGAUGCCUGAAACGGCUAUCGGGCUUUUCCCGGAUGUUGGCGGUGGUUACUUUCUGCCACGGCUUGAAGGAAAGUUGGGCCUGUACCUCGGUUUGACCGGGUAUCGUUUGAAAGGGCGUGACGUGCACAAGGCGGGUGUUGCGACACACUACGUGGAAAGCAAAAACCUCACCGCACUGGAACAGCAGCUGCUGGCCACAACGAGCGGAGCGGAGGUGGAGAGUGUGCUCGACCGGUUCUCGGAGAAGAAGGAUGCCGGGGUAGAGUUUGUGCUGGCCAAGCAGAUGAAGCAAAUCAACGAGUGUUUCGGUGCACCGACGGUUGAGGGUAUUUUUAAGAACUUGGAAAAGGAUGGAAGCGAAUGGGCACAAGGUACGCUGAAGUUGCUGCACAAGAUGUCCCCAACGUCGAUGGUAGUGACGCAGAAGCAGCUUGAACUGGGCAGCAAAAUGGAUCUGAAAACGUGCCUCAAGAUGGAAUACCGGCUAGCCGUACAUCAUGUGAUUGAUAGUGAUUUUAAGGAAGGUGUCCGAGCGCUGCUGGUGGAUCGCGAUCAGAAACCCCGCUGGAAUCCGACCACGCUGGGUGAGGUUGAUCCGGUACGAGUUGAAAAGUACUUCGGACCGCUGCCAGAUGGAAGCGAAUUGCAGCUCGAAGACGAUGGACCGAAAGCGUCUUUGUAAAGAGAAAUUCCCCCAAUGAACAAUGGGAAGAUCAGGGCGGUUCUGCAGUCACGUCCGAACUGUUCCAAAAGUGCAUUUACUAGCAGAUAAGAUGAAAGCCAAUUACAGCAAAGCUGUGUUGUGUUGUGUGGUGUGUGUUGUUUCCUAUUGUGUAUAGACUGGGGCAACUUAUUCCGUUAACCGGAAAGACAAGAAUAAAGUAAACAAUUUACAGUAA